UCGCUGGAAGAUGGCAAUGUGGCAGUGCGAGCUGCAUUUCGCCGCGGCCAGUUCGAUAAAAAUCAGUCGUUCACAGGGGCUGUUUUGGCGUGGUGUCAGUGCUGUGAUUUCUGUGACGAGUUCGCGUUCAGUUCCGCGGUAAAUUAUCAGUGAUUAGUUUUGGGCGUGGAAUGAUAAAUGGUUGCUACCAGCAGCAUGGUGUAUGAGGAGAUAGUCGGUAUACGGGGUAGCUGACCCCAACCGCCGCGCACGCUUUUCACGCGCGAGAUGCCCCACAAUUUGAAUUCCGCUUCCGUCAACUCCGCCAACACGGCACCAAAUCACCAGGCCUACAACCAACAACCUUGUCACCGACAGAAUGGAGAUGGACUUCAGCCCGAGAAAGAGCCGGUGGAGUUCGAUACGUCUCAUUUGCGUGGUGCGCCAGCCGAAGUCGAGGCACUGGUGCACAACAUCAAAGAAGUUGCGCAACAGUUCCUCUAUCACUGGAGAACAUUCCCUAUCAUCCUUCCACCGGCACUGUCCACGUGUACGGAGGGCGAAGACACGCUUGCGAGAAAGAAACACCACCUGAAGGAUCUGUUCGUCGCGCCCAGCUUCGACGAAUUAGACUCAGUCGCCGUAGACAGCAAGGGUGAACCAAGGAGAUUGACCAAAAAGCAGCUGGAAAGCAUCAGCAAACGAGGCUUUCAGAAGGAGAAGUACGGAAAACCGAAGAAGCUGAAUGCCACUCAAUUGGAGAGCAUUCGAAGAUGCGGGGAAUUCGAGGUAGACUCGAUCAAUUUCGCUGGGCAGACGCACCGAUGGAGAUUGAGCGGACUUCUUCAGCGUGGACGAGACAGAAGACGAGAUGCAUUGCUUCGGGAUCUCGCUUUGGCAACUAGAUUCCUUGUAGUUACGGCAAAAGCCAGACUGGUCUCCCAUUGCUUCAGUGUUUCGCAAUCUCUGAAAGCUUUACUAACAGGACUGUUACGGCUUCUUGAUAUUAUAAUUGGCGUACCAUCGCUUCAAGCACAUAAUUUGGAUGCUAAAAUCAGGGAGGAGAGAUGUCGGUACUUGGUUGCCGAAUUAGUGUGCAGGCCUGAGUAUGAAGAUUCUCUGGAACUUCUAUGUGGUUUCGUACGAAAACAGCUUCGACGAGCGACGAUGGAGAAAUUCGAAGUGGAAAGAGAAUUAUCACAACUAUUACCUAUCCCGGUUCCUUUCGUAUUUGGAACACCCGCCGGAGCAGUGGUUGAUCUUAGAUUAUUUAGCAGAGACAUCAUCAGAAAAGCUUUACCGAUUUUAGUUGCUAUUUUGGAGAGAGAGACACGAGGCUGGUUUCUUCAUUUCAGAGAAAGACUGAUUUCUGAGUUGAGAGCGCGGAAAAAACCGGAUGAAGAGAUAGAAAGAGAAGUCAACGAAGCUGUUAUGCGAGAAUAUUUGCAACGAGUGUUCUCUAACAUCUUAUCGCAUCCAGACAUACUCGAUCUCGGUAACGGAAUAGCUCAACUGUUGGUUCAGCAAGCACAGUCGGUCGUAUUAAUGCAUCGAGCCGUGAAAAAUGUGCAGCGUAAACUGUUGCAAACGAAAGAAGCGUUGAAAUGCCAUAUAGAGAACGAACAUCCAGUUUUGUCGCGAAUAGAACCAUGGAUGCGCGAUAGAAUGAGAGAAGUUGAGGAGAAAUUUAUCGAAGAGUGCGAAUGGAGCGCACACGAAGAAGCUCUCACAUUAUGCACUCAUCAAAAUUUACAGCAGACAGUUUACUUUCUUAAUCGUGAUUUAACAUUUAUGAAAGAGCGUGAACCAGUCCUGUUGAAAGAAUUGCGCAAAGUUAAAACACCCACGAGGAGCUUCCAAUGGCCGACACAGAUAUGGCUUCCAAAAAACUGGAUUAUCAGACGCAAUUUUCAAGGCCAGUCUGAAAUCAUACCAACGGUGCUGAGCAAUACUCCGACAUCUAUCACAACACCUCGCGCAGAUCCGAGUCAGCCUGUCUUUUUAGUUGAAAGGGAGAUUGUACACACAACUACAACAAGAUGGCCUAUGUGGCGUUGGAUUAAUUACGUAGCCAGAACAUGGUGUUGGACUUGGAAUGCAAUGUUUCUACUAGGUGUGGCAGUGCCGUGGUGUAGUCCAGUCUCCAUACGAGCUUUGCUACUCGUACAACCCUUUACUCCCGAUCUAGAAUUGAGUCAAUUGAAUGGAACCUUGUUUCCUAGAAAGUCGUCUCAAAUGCCCACUCUUUGUUCUCGGUUGAUAGCACUUUGGAGACAUAUUAGUAAAAGUCGGACACAUUUUGAAACAGAACCGGACACUGGAUUUAUUGGAAAAGGAAUGACAAGGCAUUUAAAUAGAUUAUGGAAUUAUGGUGUUAAAGGUCUUCUAGGAACACUUAUUAUAUUAUUUGUUUUUCCUGUCGUCUGUAUAGUCACGAGUUUAGGAUCGCUUCUUAUUGCACUUACUGCAGUUUUAUGGAUGCCUUUAAUUACUUUAGCGUUGCAUGCAUUCAUGGCACUCAUAAUGGAUUUGGAUAGCCCAGAACCAAGUAGAAAUCGAUAUUUGGUCAUCAUGGAAGCAUUAGUUUGGAAUAUCGGUACACAAGGCUGUCUACAACCAAUCGCGGCGUUAAUUGUAGCUCUUGUUUUGUGUCCUAUUAUUUCUUUUGUGAUACUUACAGUUGCUGUGAUACGUUACUGGAUUAGAGUGGUCUGGGACACGACUAUGUUCCAUUUAGUAAUAAAGAACAGGGGUCGUAUACCGGCCAGUGAUAGUUUUGUGGUUAAAAGAAUAGCUGGACCAGGACUAACUUCUGAUUAUUAUUAUCAAAUUAGACCUGAACAAGCUUUAGCUGCAUUCGAGGCAAAACUAGAGUUAGACGAAUUGUUAGCUUUCCAACAAGAGACAGAACGAUUAAUUACACAACCCCAAAGGGAUUUCACUCAAUUUGUAGAAGCCUGUUUUGGCCCGUUCGCUGCUAGCCUUGCCAAAACAAAAGAUCCGUACAAAUCGUUAGAAAAGGAAGCCAAAGAUCUGAUCGCCGUAUUACACGAAAAAUUAGACAGACGUAGAAAAAAUUUGCAAACUGGUCUUGGAAUGGUCGUAAGAAGUAAAAUAAAACUUACUACCUUUGAUCUAAAGGUGGUAAUACAACAAGGGGCACUUAUGUUAGAACGCCUUUAUCCCAGUCACGUGUUCGCGAGAUUAUCAGGGAACGAAGAAGAUUUCUGGGAGAACAAAGGUUUAAGCGUCGGUGACUGGGCUGGUUUAGCUGGCCUCAUGUACGCAGAUAUUUUCAGUUUAAAUUUCCUUCAACCUCUCGAUGACGCAGAUACGAAAUUCAGGCUAGAACCUCAUCCUGGAGUCGAUUUAUCGCGUUACACAGAUAUGGUCCAUAGCACUGAAAUCGGCGGAACUAAUGGGCCAGAUUUGCUCGGCGCAGUUUAUGCACCACGUGGAAAUAUACAAGUGUAUAGUCCGUACCUAGAAGUCUCAGCUUUUAACCCACGCGCUAAACAGACUAGUAAUAGCAGGAAAUCAGAUAAGCGAUGUGAUACUGGAGGACUUUUAACAUCGACAAAAAUUAGAAGACGCACAACGUCCACGAAUGGUACAACAGAGGCACGCUGGCAGCCGUGGAAGCGACAAAUUCGUCCUUACAGUGCAGAAAAGUUGCUUAUUCCACUUCCUAUUCCGCAUCCAGCACACAUAGCUGUUACCAUUCAUAAUCGCGAUUCUGAAAAUCCGAUUCCCCUCGAUUCGGAACUUUGUCAGAAUAUAUUGAAAGCAAUCGAAGAGUCACCCGGUGAAAUGUCCACCGAAUAUGUUAGUCGUUACAGAGGGGCUGCAGAUUCUAGUUUCGAUUCGGUAGCUUCACAUUCUUCGGUUUCUAUUGAAACUGGCUUAGACAAAGAUAACGAUACUCAGGGAACGACGAACACCGAUAAAGAGGGCGAAACUUAUCAUUGGACGCUGUCGAAUUGGGGUGGUGGUAUGACUAGGAGAAGAAACAAUUCUGGAUCUAUAAAGGUCGAUCUUGCAUCUCCCGAAGACGUUACUCUGGACACAGAUACCACCAGAGUGAUGUUCAGUACGUACGGAACAACUGUUUGAACUGAGUUUACUGUUACGCCAAGUAAAUAUACUAUAUAUAAUAGGUGCAAGUAGAGACAAAUAAGUGUAACUAUGCAAAAGUCAGUUUAGACAUAGAUCUUUUGUUUAUACAAUUUUUUGAAGAACCCUGCAUUUACUCAUUUCAUUUUUACUACACUGAGGUUGAUUAAAUAAAAUUGUUCUUCGUCGAAAAAAGACAAAUUUUAAUUAAAAUGUACGAAAUGAACUUUAUUUAAAAAAAGACGAACGUCGGAAACCGCUAAUUCGAAAGAUUAUUAUUAUAGAUUCAGUUGCAUUUGAAUAUGUAAUUCGAGAGCCAAGACUAGAAAACAUUUUUUUAAUUAGAAUAAUGUCUUAUAAUUCCAAUAAGCCUCGUUUUAAAAUCACAUCAAGAUGUGUAUAAAAAUACAUACAAAAUUUCAGAAAUGGUAUAUAUACGUGCCUGUUGUAGCACAUUAUCAAAAUCAUUUUAUCUUAAUAUUUCGCAGAUCAAAAUCAAACAUAGGAAAAAUAAACGUUCUAAACAUUCGAGAUAAAUGUUUUGUAGAAUUUACAUUAAAAUAUACAUAUUAUUAUGUAUAAUUAUCAACAUACCAAUAUCACUUUCAUUGCAACAACAGAACAUCAUCUUCUGUGCCUAAUCAGAUGUCUUAUAAAUCCAUCUAAAUUAGUACUCGAUUAAUUUAAUUAAUCAGUGGUAACUAUUAAAAGUAUUAAUUUCUAUUAAAACUUAAGUGAACCAUCAUGGUUGAUAAUAUAAUAAUUAUAUAGAAUGUGCUCAUCUGCAAAGUCUGGGAUGUCAUUACAGAUUCAUAAUUUUUAUGUAUACAGAUUAUAAGCAAAGUCAGAUAAUUAGAAUAUUAGCGUAUGAAUGGCCAGUGCCGUUAAAAAGAAAAUCUCUUUAAAUCUAUGUUAAAGAAGUUAUACAACAUUCUUAUUGACAUAUUGUAUAUAGAUAGUUAAUUGUAUAAAUAAACUUGUUAAUGUAAUAAUAAUUCAAAUACAUUUUCUUGUUAUUCAUGCUAAAGGCCAUUCAAAGGAAUACAUAAAAGUUUGCUCUCUUUCGAUAUUUACAUAAUUCAUGUGAGAUAAUAUCAUAGGAUUAUUUCAUUAUAAACUGUUUAUAAAAUAUCAAGCUGCCAGUAUAUCGCUUAAUCUGACAGUAAAACAGUUCGAAACAGUUACAAUUUAUUUACACUAUUCUCUCCUAAGAAUAUACAAGCACAAUUUAAAGAAUUCUGUAUUUUUUAAUUAGUAUUAUUCAGAAUUACAAAUUACUAAUUGAAUCUUACAUAUGAUAACUAAUGAUGUAUAUUUAUUUAUUUUGAACAAAUCUUAUAAUACCUGUAAACUUUUUUAAAUAUCUUCUUUUACUAUACCUUUUUUUUUUUUUUUUGUUGAUUUUAAUAAUAAUGUGUACAUAAGUUCAUUUUAUUAUAUUUUAUAAUAAAUGAUACUAGUGUAAUAUUUGUAUUCAACUAUAAUCAUACAAUAUGGAAUAUGUAAUUCUUGUCUUCUAUUGUAUUUGAGUGUAUCAAGACAUAUUAUGGAAAUCAGAAUUUUCAGUGAUAAUGAAGAAAGAUAUUAUACAAUCUUAAUAUUCAGAUAUAUUAAUUAAAAUAUGUAAAUUCGAUAUCGCACAAUGUAAAAUGUAUUAACCAUAAUAACACUGCAACACACUGCAACACUGCAAAAAAUUGUUCAUAUUUAGAUUAUAACAUUUUAGGAUUGUAUCUUAAUGAGAUUGGAUGAAGGAAGCAUAGAAUUUUAAAUAUUUCAUUUUACUGAUAUUCGAAUAUAUUUAAAUAUUGUCUGUGUUAAAGAAAAAGAAUGCAUUUUACAAAAUGCAAUUGAUUAGAACCUUAAAGAAUACUCACUAAAAUCCGAUAAAGAUACUUAUAAUAGAUAUUUAUCUGUAGAUGUUGUAAACCAUAGAAAUAUUAAGAAAUAACGAUUAUACAAUCUUUUGACCAGUUUUUGUUUGUUGUCAAACUGAAUUAAGUAAUAGUUAAGAGACUAAGCGCUCCAUUUUUAAAGAAGGCACGUUUUUAAGAUUGCCUUGAAUUUUAGUACUAUAAUGCGCAAGUCCAUCCAAAGAAAAACAUCCAAUGAGGAAUACUGUCAUGGUUUUUAACGACUAUACAGUUAAUUAAUAAUUGCAUAAUAUCCAUCCAAGCAGUGUUCAAAAUUAGUAAGAACCUAAAUACGUCUGAUGGCAAACAGAAUAAUGCAAUAUAUAAAAAUAAGGAACCUAUUUUAAUGAAUAUGUGUAUGUAACAUUCUUUGUUGCAAAAAUUGAUACAGCAUAACAUGGAGAAAACUUCCUUGAAUAUUAAUUUGCUAUAUUAGCUUUAGUUAAUUAUACAUAUUUAUUUGUUACUUCAGAAACAUUAUUUUAUACAAUAUGAAUAAAAUUGUACAACACAAUGAUUAAACUAGCCAAUUCUCUGAAACACAAUUUCUAGGGAAACUAGUAAUAAUUUCUUCUAUCAAAUGCACUUAUCAAUAGCAAUACAAAACUAAAUCUGUUGUACAUUAUGAAAAUUCUAAUUUGAAUGUUUCAAAGAAUUAUUCAGGGAUAAUUUCAAAGAAGGAAAUCAGAAUAGAAUACUCAAAUAAUUAUUUCUUAUUGGAAGGGAAAUAAGAAAUGCGUAAACGAAUGAAAAUCGGUAGUACUACGUAUUAUAAUAGAUUUAAAAAAGAAUUGUAGGAAACGUUGUAUCAUGAAUGUAGCAUUAAUCAAACAUGCGUACGUACAAACCAAAUGUGUAUUAUUUUCAUAUAUUGUAAAGGUAUUAUAUUUUUAUCAGUCUAACAAAUGGUUCACAUUUAGUUUGUGUCUAGGUAUGUUAGUGUACUACAAGACUUUAUUUAAGUAUGUAGCGGACAAGAACGUAAUUGUACAAAGCCAAAUACGUUAUGAACGAUAAAUUAAAAAAAAGAAAAUACAUUUGCAAUAUUAUAUCGGAACCAAUAACGAAACUUGAAAUCGUAUCUAAGUAUAAUAAAUUUACGUAGAAAUUAAAAAUUUUACGUAGGUAGAUUAUAACUGCGAAACAUUUACUAUUUAUAGUUAUUAUUAUACUAUUGCUCGUGUUUGCUAUAUAUAUAUAUAUAUAUAUAUAUAUAUAUAUUUUCAUUUUGAAUUCCUAUUCGAAUGUAAAGUUGUACAAAACUAUGAUUGCGUAUAUCAUAAUUGCAUAAUGUAACAUAUUAGCAAUAUUUCUUGACGAUUUAUUAAAAAAUUUUACUUAUGACGGUUCUUUUUUAUCACGAAUAAUUAUUUAUAUUAAUCGUCAUGACAUUAAAAAAAAAAAUGAUUCCCUUUUAAUACACGCUUUAAAUCAUUGUACGUAUGUUUCUUCUUAAUACUCUCUUUACGUACUUCUUUACGUUUUUGUAUACAUCAAACGUAAGUGUGAUAAAAAGAAUGCUUAUAUUUUAAUGCCAUUAUCUUUUUUAAAUUAAAGACAUAAUAAAUUUUGUCAAAACAUAAGCAUGCUUCAAAGAAGAAUCAUAGGAGUUUAUGAAGUUGGAAAUAUUGCAUUAUAUCUACUGUGUUAAUGCAACAAAAAAUGAAUUACAUCAUACAAUAAAAUACAAUAAAUAUAAUACAAUAUAA